GUGACCCGCACUUCCUGUAUGCCAAGCCUCGCUCCCAGCUGCGCGCCCUCUGACCUCUGUCACUCUCCUCCCCCUGGUGAUUGCUGCCAGUGACCGGGCUCCUCUGCUACAACUACUGUGCAGUGAGGACCGAGAGCCUGUUUUACUGGGGAUCACAGGAGAGUAACCUGUUCUGUAUAAAUCACUGAUUCACUGAGGAUGGACAUGGACAGCGGUACUGUGACUGAGAGGAUAAUACAUCUCACCCUGGAGAUUAUCUACCUACUGACUGGGGAGGGUUACAAAGUAGUGAAGAAGACAUCCGGUGAGUGUGAGACACCCAGCAGCCGUCCCCGUGUGUCAGGUGGACUGAGCAGGACCCAGAGCCCAAUCCCGGUGGUUCCACCUCACUCACUGACACGUGAGAGGCACAAUGACCAGAAGAUCCUGGAACUCGCCAACAAGAUCAUUCAGCUGCUGACUGGAGAGGAGAGGGAGUAUAUAGAGGAAUACAGGGGUCUGUACAAGGACGUGAUGAUAGAGAAUCACCGGCCCCUCACAUCACUGGAUGGACCCAGUAACAGAGAUACCCCAGAGAGAUGUCCCCGUCCUCUGUAUUCCCAGGAUUGUACAGAGGAGAAUCACAGGAUCCCACAGGAGGAUCAGAUAAAAGUUAUAGAGAAAGAAGAAGAGAUGUAUGUGACCGAUAUGAAAGCAGAAGAUAAAGAGGGAGAAGAAGAAACGUAUAUGACUAAUAUGAAGGCAGAAGAUACAGAGGGAGAAGAAGAGACGUAUGUGAUUGAUAUGAAGGCAGAAGAUAUAGAGGGAGAAGAAGAGACGUAUGUGAUUGAUAUAAAGGGAGAAGAAGAGACGUAUGUGACUGAUAUGAAGGUAGAAUAUAUAGAGGGAGAAGAAGAGACGUUUUUAACGGAUAUAAAGGCAGAAGAUAUAGAGGGAGAAGAAGAGACGUAUGUGAGGGGUGAUCAGCGGUGUAAGGAGGAAGAAAUCCCUACAGAUAUCAGCACAGCAGAUGGAGGCAUAAGCCAGAAGACCUCAGAGGGAGAUCUCAUUUUGUCUUCAGAUAUUAAAAUACAAGAUAACAUCACACAGGACUCUCCAGGAGACAUACCCAUUACUCUAAAUAUCCAUUCUAUACCUCACUGUGCAGAUAUAUCAUCUGAUCCCUCUAAUCAUGUGGAAUGUUCUCCGAAUAACUCAAAUAUUGCUACACAUAGUGCUGCUCUUACAGGUGAUUCAGUCUUUAUCUGUUCUGAAUGUGGUAAAAGUUUUGUACGUCACUCAGUGUUUGUUAUACAUCAGAGGUAUCACACAGGUGAGAGGCCAUUUCCAUGUUCUGAGUGUGGGAAGUGUUUUUUUCAGAAGUCAAAUCUUGUUAUACAUCAGAGAAGUCACACAGGUGAGAAACCAUUUCCGUGUUCUGUAUGUGGGAAAUGUUUUUCACAGAAAUCGGAUGUUAUUAAACAUGAGAGAAAUCACACAGGUGAGAGGCCAUUUCCAUGUCCGGAAUGUGGCAAAUGUUUUGCAAAUAAAUCAAAUCUUAUUGUACAUCAGAAAAGUCACACAGGUGAGAGUCUAUUUCCAUGUUCUGAGUGUGGGAAAUGUUUUACAGCGAAAUCAAUACUUAUUAGACAUCAGAGAAGUCACACAGGUGAGAAGCCAUUUCCAUGUUCUGAGUGUGGGAAAUGUUUCACAGAGAAAUCGGUUCUUAUUAGACAUCAGAAAAGUCACACAGGUGAGAGGCCAUUUCCAUGUUCUGAUUGUGGGAAAUGUUUUACACAUAAAUCCAAUCUUGUUACACAUCAGAGAUGUCACACAGGCGAGAAGCUAUUUCCAUGCUCUGAGUGUGGAAAAUGUUUUACACGGAAAUCAAAUGUUGUUACACAUCAGAGAAGUCACACAGGUGAGAGGCCAUUUCCAUGUUCUGCGUGUGGGAAACGUUUUAAAUAUAUAUCAAGUCUUGUUGCACACGAGAGAAUUCAUACAGGUGAGAAGCCAUUUCCAUGCUCUGAGUGUGGGAAAUGUUUUACAUGGAAAUCAAAUGUUGUUAUACAUCAGAGGAGUCACAGUGAGAAACCAUUUCCAUGUGAUGAGUGUGGGAAAUGUUUUACAUUGAAAUCACAACUUGUUAUACAUCAGAGAAGUCACACAGGUGAGAAACCAUUUCCAUGUGAUGAGUGUGGGAAAUGUUUUACACAGAAAUCAGAUCUAGUUAAACAUAAGAGAAGUCACACAGGUGUGUGGGUGACUAUAACGAAUACUAUGGGGAAGACUUCUCAGGCUGCGGCCAAGCUUGAAAAAUACGCUAGAAAUCCUCCCGCGCAAAAUAAGAGAACGGGGGAGUCGCAGGAUGGAUCCUCUCCCCCCUCCCCGGCUACAAGUGCGGGCUCCGGCCCUCCAGAGACCUCAGAGGAUGCUAUCCAAAGGGUACUGGACGCAGUUAAUGCCAGCGAAGGCAGGCUGGCCGAAAAGAUUACACAGGUGCAAUCAGAUCUCUCCUUAAUUCAUCAGGAUCUACAACGAGUUAGAGAGAGAGUGGGGGAGGCGGAAACCCGCAUUUCUACUGUCGAGGACACUGUGGCUCCGCUCGGCCGACGCACCACUGCCCUUGAAUCCCAGAUGUCGGAGGUGCAGAAAAAAUUGACCGAUAUGGAGGGGCGUCUGAGACGGAAUAACAUUCGGUUUGUGGGCUUACCGGAAAGGGAGGAGGGUGAUGCACCUGAGCAGUUUUUGGAGAAGUGGCUUACAGAUUUCUUUGGGACGGACGCCUUUACAUCACACUACGCGGUGGAACGAGCACAUAGAAUCCCUAUGCGACCAUUGCCGCCGGGGGCUCCUCCCCGUACAUUUAUAGCUAAAUUCCUCCACUUCAAGGAUCGGGACAAGGUGCUCACCCUGGCACGCACCAAAGGCCCACUUAAGUGGAAUGGCACCCGGAUCUCUGUAUUUCCUGAUUUUGCGGUUGACGUCCAGAAGGAGAGAGCCCAGUUCCUUCCGAUCAAGAGACGUCUCCGGGAGCUCAAUCUCCCCUAUGCUAUGCUUUUUCCUUCAAGGUUGCGGGUGGUCGCAGGAGGAGAGACUAAAUUUUUCUCAACCCCGCGGGAGGCGGCGACGUGGCUUGACCGGCAGUUCCCGGCAGGACGCCCUCUGGUCAUCGAUACAGCCUUUGUUGCUAUUUACAUACCCCCACCGUACUCCCCGGAGGUUUUACGCAAGGCUGCUGAUUUCAUGUCCCUUUACCCCAAUAUUCCCACUGUCUGCACUGGGGACUUUAAUAAUGUUAUGGAUCUUAGAGUGGAUAGAUUCAACACCAACACUACUGUGCCUCGCCCACGUCCGGGUAACUUUGCUAUGUUAGUGGAGGGCAUGGGUUUGGUGGACGUCUGGAGGGUGCGGCAUCCGGCUGCUCGACAGUUCUCCUGCUUCUCCCCUACUUACUCCUCCUUUUCUAGGAUCGACAUGGCCCUGGUCUCCCCCUGUUUAGUUCCCAAGAUUGUUGAUAUCCAGUACGCAACUAGAGGUAUCUCUGACCACUCACCAGUACUGUUGAAUCUGGAUACUGGGGGGACCCGGGGACAGUUGUUCUGGAAAUUUAACUCAUUCUGGCUUUCACAGAUGGGCACUGGAGCGGAGCUUGAGCUUGCCUGGCGGGAGUUCUUGGAGCUGAAUGGGGGCACUACUGGACCAGCAAUCCUCUGGGACGCAUUUAAAGCAUUUAUACGUGGUUCUCUAAUUAGACGGGUUGCUACCUUAAAAAAUGGCUAUAAACGCCAGGAGGUGGAGCUUGAGGCUUCCUGUAGGUCCCUAGAAAUCCAAUAUUUGCAGGAUGGAUUGGCUGCCUCCAGGGACGCAUGGCUGCUUGCGCAGUCCAAAUGGAGGAGCUGUCUAUCUGAUAAAGCCAAAUACCGUUUGCUGUAUGCCCAACACUCAUACUAUGCUACAGGCGACAGACCUGGUACUUAUCUAGCACAUUUAGCGGCGGCAGAUAAAUUCUCUAAUACUGUCCUUGCGAUAGGCGGAGAUGAUGGUGUAACUUAUGUAAAAACCCCGGAAAUAGCAGACCAAUUUGUUGCUUAUUAUAAAAAUCUGUAUAGUACGAGACUAUCGGCUGAUUCAACGGAAAUAAAUGAUUAUCUUGUUGGUUUACCAUUGCCCUCGCUCUCUAAUGUGGCGGUUGAAUUCCUGGACUCCCCUUUGUCAUUGACGGAGAUUGAAACAGCCAUCAAGUCAUUUCCUGGAGCAGUGGAGCCCUUGGCGUGCUUGCUGCGUUCUGACUUGCGGGUGGGGGGGUUCCGGGUGGGCCCCACCACGGACAAGAUUGCUCUAUACGCGGAUGAUAUUCUGCUGUUUGAAAAAAUUUCAAUAAAAAUUGUUGAAUUUAAAAAAAAAAAACAUCUGCGAAUUCACACAGGAGAGAAACCCUUUCCAUGCUCUGAGUGUGGAAAAUGUUUUACACAGAAAUCAGUACUUGUUAAACAUCGGAGAUGUCACACAGGUGAGAGGCCGUAUCCAUGUUCAGAGUGUGGGAAAUGCUUUAUGCAGAAAACACAUCUUUCUGAACAUCAUAAACUUCACACAGGUGAGAAACCAUUUCUAUGCUCUGAGUGUGGGAAAUGUUUUCCAUAUAAACCAGAUCUUGUUACACAUCAGCGAAGUCACACAGGUGAGAAACCAUUUCGGUGUUCAGAAUGUGGGAUGUGUUUUAGACAUAAAUCAGUUCUUGUUGUACAUAAGAGAACUCACAGUGGUGAGAAGCCAUAUUCAUGUUCUGAGUGUGGGAAAUGUUUUACACAGAAAUCAGAUCUUGUUGCACAUCAGGGAAGUCACACAGGUGAGGCACCGUAUCCAUGCUCCGAGUGUGGAAAGUCUUUUAAACGGAAGUCAAAUUUUAUAACACAUCAGAAAAUCCACAUGAAGGAGAACGGAUUGGCAUGUGAUGAUGUCUGUGUGGUGUAAGUGCGUGUCUGAGAGGCAUGUUCAUAGGUCUGAUUGGCAUUUUGUUGAGGUUUUCAGUACUUGAGGGAUGUGAGCAGAUUUUUUUGAGCAAGUGAAGAACAUUUUAGGAUGAAUGAUGUUGGCUUGCCAGGGGGAUGUUUUCAGUUUAUUUCAUUUCUGAAAUUAAGGUCUACGUACGUUCCUUUUUUUUUUUUUUU